GUUUCCCUAUAUAAAACAUCACGCUUCGCCUUCUAUCUCUUCUCUACUUCGGCUUAUUCGCUUUUCUCUCUUUCUCGCCUCUGACGAGAAGCCGACGCCGCCAUGGUUCACGUUAGUUUCUAUCGUAACUAUGGGAAGACCUUUAAGAAGCCAAGGCGUCCAUACGAGAAGGAACGUUUGGAUGCUGAGUUGAAGCUCGUAGGAGAAUAUGGGCUCAGAUGUAAGAGGGAGUUGUGGAGGGUUCAAUAUGCUUUGAGCCGUAUCAGAAAUGCUGCUAGGGACCUUCUCACUCUUGAUGAGAAGAACCCUCGCCGUAUCUUUGAAGGUGAGGCACUUCUUCGUAGGAUGAAUAGGUAUGGACUUUUGGAUGAGAGCCAGAACAAGCUUGAUUAUGUCUUGGCUUUGACUGUUGAAAACUUCCUUGAGCGCCGCUUGCAAACACUUGUGUUCAAGUCUGGUAUGGCAAAGUCCAUUCACCAUGCUCGCGUGUUGAUUAGACAAAGGCAUAUCAGGGUUGGAAGGCAGGUGGUCAACAUCCCAUCCUUCAUGGUGAGGAUGGACUCCCAAAAACACAUUGACUUCUCUCUCACAAGUCCAUUUGGAGGUGGCCGCCCUGGAAGAGUGAAGAGAAAGAACCAGAGAGCAGCUGCCAAGAAGGCUGCUGGUGGAGAUGGUGAUGAAGAGGAAGACGAAUAAACCUUAGGCUAUUACCACCACUAGGAAGCUUAAAAGGCCUCUGUUUGGAACUUGCCUUCUCCUCCAUUAAUGGACAUGGUUUGAGUUUUGUUUCCAGACCUUCAUUGUAGUGGAUCUUGUUAUAUGUUUUGCAUUCAGCAUUCAGUUCUUUCCAGGAUUGGAAGUUAAUUCUGUAAUUUUGUUGUUUCAAGAUUAAAACAUUUUAAUUUAGAUCAUUUAUAACAGCCAGCUCCACCAUUUUGAAGGAUGAUGUCAUCUAUUUUACCCCAAAUGUUAAUCAAGUUACAAUCUGUGGCCUUAUUUGUCACAGGAUCAAUCAA